AUGGCUAGCCCACAGGUUCUAGUUUUCGAUGCUGAGGGCCGCCCAGUGAAGUUUGACACCUGGCUAGAUGACCUGCACCUCUAUCUACAGCUCACAGCCAAGGACGACAUCUCACUGGACCACUUCCUAGCUCGCUGCCCCACUGAGCUCACCAUUGCCCUCCUCGAGAAGGAACUGCUUGUAGCUGAGAUUAGCAUAGUCGCUGUAGGUGCCUCUCGUGGCGACCCCCGUACCCCGUUCUUUGAGGGGUGUUCUCCUUCCCCCCUUCUUCCCUCUGUCGCCUCUGCUGCUGCUGUCGACCUCCUUCGUGCUGAGAAGGUCGGUACUGCGUCUACUUCGAGCGGGCGCCGUAGCGGCAAGGGCAAAGGGGGCAAGGGUGGUGGCGGUGACGGUGGGGGAGGCGGUGGUGGGGGCGGUGGAGGCGGUGGGGGUGGUGGCGCGACUGGAAGGGCUAGUGGCAGCGGUGGGGGUGGUGGCGGCAGCGGCGGGGGAGGUGGCAGGGGCGGUGGCGGUGGUGGGGGUGGCGGUGGACGAGUCGGCGGCAGGGGUUGGGGUAGUCGAGGAGGUGGCGGCGGCGGUGGUGGUCGUGGAGGCGCUGGCGGUGGCCAGGGCCAGCAGCACACUCCGCCGCCCUAG